UCUGUUUCAGUGCUCAAUACGGUAUUGGAGGACGGUACUGGAGCACUCAGAAUUGAAUGCAGUCAAGACUAUCUGAAACACUGGGGUUGUUGGUGUGGCUGAAUUUUUCCUGGAUUUGAGUGGUAAAUUCAGAAGACUGAAGCCCAGGCUGACUGUCUACCUUUCACGGAGGCCCAGCCGUGAGAGGACAGAGGAAGGCACGUGGCGAAUCAUGACUGCCGACAAAGAGAAGGAUAAAGAGAAAGAAAAGGACAGAGACAGGGACAGAGACAAGAGAGACAAGAUGAGGGAGAGCGAGAACUCCCGUCCACGCCGGAGCUGCACUCUGGAAGGCGGAGCCAAGAACUACGCUGAGAGCGAUCACAGCGAGGACGAGGACAAUGACAACACCGGGGCGACCGCUGAGGAGGCCAGCAAAAAGUCCAAAAAGAAGACCCAAAAAAAAAAAUCCCGCUACGAACGCAUGGAAAAUGGAGAAAUCACUUCCUUCAUCACGGAAGACGAUGCUGUUUACAGACCAGGAGAUUGUGUAUAUAUUGAGAGCCGUCGACCCAAUACCCCAUACUUCAUUUGUAGCAUUCAAGAUUUCAAACUGAGUAAACGGGACCAUCUCCUUAUGAAUGUGAAAUGGUACUACCGCCAGUCUGAGGUACCAGAUUCGGUUUACCAACACCUGGUCCAGGAUCGAAACAAUGAAAACGAUUCAGGUCGUGAGCUUGUCAUUACUGACCCCAUUGUCAAGAGCAGAGAACUUUUCAUUUCCGAUUAUGUGGACACUUACCAUGCUGCUGCACUUAGAGGGAAAUGUAAUAUUGCCCAUUUUUCUGACAUAUUUGCUGCCAGAGAGUUUAAGGCCAGAAUGGACACGUUCUUUUACAUUCUGGGAUACAAUCCAGAGACAAGGCGGCUAAACAGUACGCAGGGAGAGAUCCGAGUGGGGCCCAGCCAUCAGGCCAAACUUCCAGAAUUGCUGCCCUUUCCCUCCCCUGAUGGCCAGGCAGUGACAGAAAAUGAAGAGCUGGUGUGGACGCCUGGGGUGAAUGACUGUGACCUGCUCAUGUACCUUAGGGCAGCCAGGAGCAUGGCAGCCUUUGCAGGGAUGUGUGAUGGUGGGUCUACAGAAGAUGGAUGCCUGGCUGCCUCUCGUGAUGACACUACACUUAAUGCACUAAACACUCUACACGAGAGUAAGUAUGAUGCAGGAAAGGCUCUACAGCGACUGGUUAAAAAACCUGUGCCCAAGCUUAUUGAAAAGUGCUGGACUGAAGAAGAAGUGAAACGGUUCAUAAAAGGGCUGAGACAAUACGGCAAGAACUUCUUCAGGAUCCGAAAGGAGCUUCUUCCCAGCAAGGAGACUGGUGAAUUGAUCACUUUUUAUUACUACUGGAAGAAAACUCCAGAAGCAGCCAGUUCCCGAGCCCACCGCAGACACAGGAGGCAGGCUGUGUUCCGCAGAAUCAAAACCCGCACGGCGUCCACACCCGUGAACACUCCCUCCAGGCCACCGUCCAGCGAGUUCUUGGACCUGAGUUCAGCAAGUGAGGAUGACUUUGACAGUGAAGACAGCGAGCAGGAGUUGAAGGGAUACGCCUGUCGUCACUGCUUCACAACCACUUCCAAGGACUGGCACCACGGUGGGAGAGAGAAUAUCUUGCUGUGCACAGACUGUCGCAUUCACUUUAAGAAGUACGGUGAGCUCCCUCCGAUUGAGAAGCCAGUGGACCCUCCACCUUUUAUGUUCAAACCCGUCAAAGAGGAAGAGGAUGGAAUUAGUGGGAAACAUAGCAUGAGGACCAGAAGGAGUCGAGGCUCGAUGUCUACACUACGUAGUGGGCGUAAGAAGCAGACAGCUAGUCCUGACGGUCGAGCCUCGCCAACCAUUGAAGAUAUUCGAUCCAGCGGCCGAACAUCUCCUAGUGCUGCAAGUACUUCCAGCAAUGACAGUAAGGCAGACUCCAUGAAAAAACCCAGCAAGAAGAUAAAAGAAGAAGUACCUUCACCUCUAAAGAGUGCCAAACGACAACGGGAAAAGGCCGCUUCCGACACAGAGGAAACUGAAAGGGUUACUGGAAAGAAAUGCAAAACUCAGGAGAUUAACCAGCCCGACUCCCCAUCAGAAGGUGAGGGAGAAGGAGAAGGCGAAGGGGAGAGUUCAGACAGCCGCAGUGUUAAUGAUGACGGAAGCAGUGAUCCAAAGGACAUUGACCAGGACAAUCGCAGCUCCUCUCCAAGUAUUCCAAGCCCAAGGGACAAUGAGAGCGACUCUGAUUCCUCAGCUCAGCAGCAGGUGUUACAGGCACAGCAUCUUGUGAUCCAGAAUCCGAAUGGCCCACCACUGCCUCCUCAAGCCCCUCUCCUUCAGAUACCUGCCUCAACGCCUUCAGUGUUGAGUGCAGCUACGGCAUCUUCCCAAGUCUCCCCAUCCAUCCCCCAGCCUUCCAUCCCCCCACAGCCUCUGUCACAUUCUCUUAUCCAGCCUGCUUCUCAGCUGCAUCCUCAGAGGCUGCCCUCACCUCACCCGCCACUGCAGGCUUUAACUCAGGCGUUGACUCAGAUGCAAGCUCUGCCACAGUCUCAAGCCCCUCUCCAGCCUCAGCAGACUCCACUUCACGCUCAGAUGCAUUCACUCCCUCAUCCUCUACAGGCCCAGCCUCACAUACAGCACCCACUGCAACCUCAGCCAUUCCCCACCUCCUCCUGCUCACAGUCUUCUCAGUCUCAGGUUCCUCCUCCACUUCCGUCUCAGCCACCCACUCCGGGCCACACCCAGCAGCAGCCGCAUCCUCACACUCCUCCUCAAGCACUGCCCCAGCCCCCUAGAGAGCAGCCCUUGCCUCCAGCUCCCAUGGCCAUGCCUCAUAUCAAACCUCCUCCAACAACGCCCAUCCCUCAGAUGCCCAACCCGCAAUCACACAAACACCCACCCCACCUGUCCGCACCGCCUCCAUUCCCAGCGCCUUCCAAUCUGCCCCCUCCACCGGCACUGAAGCCACUCAGUUCCCUCAGUUCUCUCUCUACCCACCACCCUCCAUCCGCCCACCCACCGCCGCUCCAGCUUAUGCCCCAGAGCCAACAGCUCCAGCUCCUGCCUGCUCAACCUCCAGUGCUUACUCAGUCCCAAAAUCUCCCAGCGUCCACAGGUCAUCCUUCCUCUACAUCUCACCCAGUUAUUUCCCAGUCCCCAUUCCCCCCACACCCUUUCAUCCCGGGAGGACCGCCCACCAUGCCUCUUUCAUCAGCAUCGACGUCUGCAACGUCGACCUCCUCCUGUCUCCCUGGUAUGCAGCCGCCACCUCCGUCUUCCAUCUCGACGCCUCUGCCUUCCACUGUGAGCGUUCCCAGCUCAGCGUUGUCUGCGGUCCCUCCUAUUCAAAUCAAAGAGGAGCCUAUGGAUGAGACUGAAGAACCUGAGAGCCCACCACCUCCUCAGAGAAGCCCUUCUCCAGAACCCACUGUGGUCAACACACCAAGCCAUGCCAGCCAGUCAGCAAGGUUCUACAAGCAUCUCGACCGUGGUUACAACUCUUGUGGGAGAACGGAUUUCUAUUUCACCCCCCUGGCUGGCUCGAAACUUGCCAAGAAGAGAGAGGAAGCAUUGGAAAAGACCAAGAGGGAUGCUGAGCAGAAAGCAAGAGAAGAGAAAGAAAAAGAGAGAGAGAAGGAAAGAGAGAGGGAAAGGGAGCGAGAACGAGAGAGGGAAGCUGAAAGAGCAGCGAAAGCAUGCAGCUCAUCCCAUGAUGGGCGGAUGGGAGAUUCUCAGAUGGGUGGGCCUCACAUGAGGCCUUCCUUCGAGCCUCCCCCGACGACCAUCGCUGCCGUACCUCCAUACAUCGGGCCAGACACUCCGGCCCUGCGCACCCUGAGCGAGUACGCUCGCCCUCACGUCAUGUCUCCCACCAACCGCAAUCACCCCUUCUUCGUGUCCUUGAACCCUGCAGACCCCCUGCUUGCUUACCACAUGCCAGGCUUGUACAACGCAGACCCAGGCAUGAGGGAGCGUGAGCUGCGGGAGCGCGAGAUGCGUGACAGAGAGAUUCGGGAAAGGGAGUUGAGGGACAGGAUGAAGCCUGGCUACGAGGUUAAGCCCCCGGAGUUGGAAGGUUUGCACCCAGGUGCCAAUCCCAUGGAGCAUUUUGCAAGGCAUGGAGCCAUUACCCUUCCACAAAUGGCAGGACAUCAUCCCUUCGCUGCUUUCCAUCACGGUUUAAACCCCUUGGAAAGGGAAAGACUUGCACUUGCUGGCCCGCAGUUGCGGCCUGAAAUGAGCUACCCAGACAGACUUGUGGCCGAAAGGCUGCAUGCUGAACGCAUGGCGUCGGUAGCAAAUGACCCAAUAGCAAGGCUGCAAAUGUUCAACGUUACCCCGCAUCAUCACCAACAUUCACACAUCCAUUCACACCUACACCUACAUCAGCAAGACCCAUUGCAUCAAGGUUCUGGCGGUCCUGUGCAUCCUCUUGAUGCUCUGGGAGCUGGUCCUCAUUUGGCACGGUUUCCCUACCCUCCUGGGACCAUUCCAAACCCACUGCUGGGACAACCACCACACGAACAUGAAAUGCUCAGACACCCUGUGUUCGGCACCCCGUAUCACAGAGACCUGACCGGGGCUCUUCCACCUCCCAUGUCGGCAGCACACCAGCUCCAGGCUAUGCAUGCACAGUCCGCAGAGCUGCAGAGGCUGGCCAUGGAGCAGCAGUGGUUACACGGACAUCACCACAUGCAUGGAGGGCCCCUCCCAGGCCAGGAAGAUUACUACAGCCGACUGAAGAAAGAAAGCGACAAGCAGCUGUAGUCCAGCGACUAAUGUGAAGGCAGUCAGAUAAGCUGGACAAAGGUUAUAUACAAUCGCACUCCUUUGGAAGGAACUCCGUUCAAUGUUAUUGGAACAAUUAUAAUAAAAAUUUGAUGGGAGAACUUUCUUCUUUUUUUUUUAUAUAAAGAAAGUGACUUUAGAUCAUAUAUAGCCUUCGUCAAGUAGAGAAGAUUCCUCAAGACUGUGUGUGGGUCCCUGCAUGGUAUAUUCGGAGAACUUCCCUGCAGUUUGUGUAGGUGCUAGAAUACAAGAUACAUUGUCACUGUGCAUAAAAAAUAAAACAAAUACAGUUAGGCAGUAUAUUCUGAAUCUGAAGUGCUAUAUAAAGAUUCUACUCUUAUUUUAAUACAUUGUAGGAAGUUUUCAUAAUUAAAAGAAAGCUCAACUCUGCAGCAUGGCUUUGAGCCUGUAAAUAAAAAAAAAAAUUAAAAUAAAAAUAUAUUAUUAUUAUUAUUAUUAUUAUUAUUAUUAUUAUUAGAUGUGGAUUCCUAACCAGACCUGAAAGAUUGUUUUGAAGCAUUAUCCCUUUAUUUAAAAGGGGAACACAAUGGCAUUAAUACAGCAGGAAAACAGUUUAAUAGGCUAAUGGCAACAGUGUGCGUUAAAGGGGGUUGCAGGGAUAAUGGUAGAAUAAAUCCAGUGAAUACAAGUGUCUUUUUUAUAUGAUUUAUUGCUUUUAUCAUCCUUGAAGUUUGGCUUGCAAUGCCUUGUGAUCAUUCAUGCAGACGUCCAGUGGACCCAACAUUUUAGUUCUAUUAUUAUUAUUGUUACUUUUUUUUUUUUUUUAAAUCAGUUAGUUUUAAUGUAACUUCAUACAUGUGUAAUCUCAACAUGAGAAUGAUAAAACAUUUCAGUGGCUUAUGUUUGAAUGUUUGUGUAUAUUUUGUUUUAAACGAUAGCAUUUAACUGCCAUUAAACCUUGACAGUCUUGAUGUCAAGAACAAAUAAAAGGUUCAGAAAAUAUUGUCCAGAAGUGACGUAUUGCACUGGAGGUCCACAUUAAUGUCGAUCAGAGCUACUUUUUAAUAAAUGGUUACAGUACUUGCAGAA